GAGGGGGCGGUGGAGGACUGUUAUCCGGAGACAUGAAUUCACGCCCGGCUGAAGUUAGGAAGUAAUGAUUCAUCCUGCCGGGUUACUCGUUAAAUUGCGCUCCGGAGAAACUGCGUCAGUGUGACAGAAACCGGAGCUGGCCGGUGGACUUUGGCUGCGGUUGUCGGUGUGAUCGAGCAGCGAGAGAAACGGCCGCCGUCAGGAGGAGGAAGUGUCACCGCCGCACCAGCGCUCUGCACCGGGGGACGAGGGGAGACAGUCCGCGGCCAUGGCCGCCCUCAGUAGCUCGGGGGCCACCUCCAGUCCCAUGGUGAUCCUGGCGCCCAAGACCAAGACGAAAAAGAAGCAUUUCGUGCAGCAGAAGGUGAAGGUGUUCCGAGCCAGCGACCCGGUCCUGAGCGUGUUCAUGUGGGGCGUCAAUCACUCGAUCAAUGAUCUCAACCAGGUGCCUGUCCCCGUCAUGCUGCUGCCCGACGACUUCAAAGCCAACACUAAGAUCAAAGUCAACAACCACCUCUUCAACAAAGAAAACCUCCCGGGACACUUCAAGUUUAAAGAAUACUGUCCGCAGGUCUUCAGGAAUCUGAGGGAACGGUUCGGCAUCGAGGAUCUGGAUUAUCAGGUGUCUCUGACUCGCAGCCCCCCGAUGAGGAGCGUGGACGAUCAGGGAGAAGGUUUGCUCCUCAACUCUUACGACCGAACGCUGGUCGUCAAGCAGAUCUCCAGCGAGGACGUGGCCGACAUGCACAACAUCCUGUCGGAGUAUCACCAGCACAUCGUCAAGUGUCAUGGCAGCACGCUGCUGCCUCAGUUCCUGGGAAUGUACCGGGUGAGCGUGGACAGCGAGGAGACCUACCUGAUCGUCAUGAGGAACAUGUUCAGCCACAGACUGGUGGUGCACAGGAAGUACGACCUGAAGGGUUCUCUGGUGGCUCGAGAAGCAAGCGACAAAGAACGGGGAAAAGAGCUUCCCACCUUCAAGGACAUGGACUUCAGGAACAACAUGCAGAAGGUUUACGUGACGGAUGAGCAGAAGGAGAAGUUCAUGGAGAAGCUGAACAAAGACGUGGAGUUCCUGGUGAGGCUGAAGAUCAUGGACUACAGCCUGCUGCUCGGCAUCCACGACGUCGGCCGAGCGGAGCGGGAGGAGGACGAGUGCGAGGAGGUGUCCAACGAGGAGGACCCGGAGGCGGAGAACGGAGCCACGGUGGGUUCUUACGGAACCUCCCCGGAGGGAAUCGCCGGUUACAUGUCGUCCUGCAAACCUCUGGGGCCCGGAGAGUUCGACCCCUACGUUGACGUGUACGCUGUCGGGAGCUGCUCAGGAUCUCCUCAGAGGGAGGUUUACUUCAUGGGCCUCAUCGACGUCCUCACGCAGUACGACACCAAGAAGAAAGCAGCUCACGCCGCCAAAACCGUCAAACACGGGGCCGGAGCCGAGAUCUCCACGGUCCACCCCGAGCAGUACGCCAAACGAUUCCGCGACUUCAUCUCCAACAUCUUUGCGUAAAGCUCGACCGUUCCAACCCAAAAGAACCAAAACUAGAAUGCACACAGCCGCUCGUUAUUUAAGUCCGGCGAUCCGAGGCGAGACUUUACGUUGUAGCAAUAUCGUGUACUACUUCUGAUGCAUAUAUUUAUUUUUAAGAUUUAAGAUGUAUUUCUAUAGAUAUUAAACACUCUUAACAGAAUAACUCUGGAAGCAAACUGCUGUUGAUCAGUGUUGAAAGUGUUAAACUACAUCAUCGUCUGUUCUCCACCAACUAAAGGAUUUGUUUUAUAGAUUUUUUUUGUCUUUUUACAGAGAGUUCGAUGAGAUGCUCACGUCUGUACAGUGUUUAUAUGUGAGACAGUUAGCUUAGCUUAGCUUAGCAGGAAGUCUUAGCUAACAGAUCCUGCCUGCUAGCACCUUUCAAAUUAAUUAAAGAGAGCUCAACCGAGGCUAUGUGUCUACAAAAUAAAUUGAAAAUAAAUCAUAAUAAGUGUGGCAUAACAAACAUAAAGAGUAGAAAUACUAUGUAAGAUAGUAGCUGAAGCUCUGUGGUCUGUUCAAGUGUUUCGUAGCUACAAAUACGAAUGAAUCCAAUUCUUUUGUAUCCCAAAAACAUGCUGAGAAGAUUAAGUGCUUUUACUUUGAAAUUCAGGAACCUCCAGUAGUGCCAGUACUGUAAUGAUUUACUGACAAAUUUGCUUUUAGGUGAUCAGCAAUGUAUGAAAACCCGUUUAUGUUCUAACUUCACUGUUAAUGUAAUAAAAUUUCUGGACUGAUA